AUGCAAAGAGCCCUCCUGUGCCUGUGCCUCCUCAGCACGGCCCUCGCGACGCCCGUGCCACCGCCACCGCUGCCCGGGAGAGCUGCUGGGAACUGCGUGGGACAGCACCGGAAAGAAGAGGCCAACAGCCACAGCACCAGCCCCGGCCACCAGCCAGGAGACGAUGAUGCCAGGCGGGGACCAACGGAGGAUGGAGCAGCCCCGGGGCGAGGUGACAAUGGUGGCACUGAUGUGAUGGAGAAUGGGACUGACCUCAAGACUGAAAACCGCAGCACCCCAGCCAUCAGCGGAGAUGCCCGUGGCUCUCGCCCGGGCACCAGCACACGGGCGCGCAGUGGCGUUGGCGUCGCGGGUGCCACCCCAGCCAGCUCGGAGGGCAGUGGUGACCUGGAUUUGGUGGUUGAGGUCGAUGGUGAUAUUGCUGUUCUCCCCCCAGAACAACCUAGUGGGGCCAUGGCAGGGAACAGGAGUGGGGACGAGGAUGAUGGUGCCCCAAGGGAGGUCCCAGUGGAGGAGGCAGCUGGGAGCGAGAUGGGGUGGACAGAUGGUAGGGAGAGGGCCCCCACCACUGGAGGGGCUGGGGAGGAGGGCAGUGCUGAGGCCACUGUCCCCAGCCGAGGGCAGGAGGGCGGGGUGCAGGGCUCAGGGGCGGGAGGCACCACUCUUGCCUCUGUCACCGAGAAGAUGGAGGAUGUUCAAGUGGACACCAAAGGUGUGGAUGAAUACGCUUACAUCCCUGACAUGGGCAGCGUCACCAUCACCCAGGGAAAAGUGGGCAGCACAGCGGGGGACACCAGCUUCACCCAAAUCUCUCCGGACAUGGACGACGAGGUCAACAUCUUCAUUGGGAGGGCCAACAUCCGUGUGGGGGAACAAGAAACCACCCUGGCCAGUGCCACUGAUGGCAGCAAGGAUGACAGCGUCCCCACCGCAGGGACCAGCAGCCCCACGCCCAGGCUGGCUGUCACUGCUGCACGCAAUGGCAAUGACGACGAUGGCAUCCCUGCUCGUGGGCAGCCCGAAGGAUCAACCACCACAGCAACCCCGAGCCAUGGACACAGUGUCACCAGCAGCCCCAGCGACAGCCAGACCACAGGAGACAAUGAGGAUGGUGCCACCACUGUCAGUGACAGAGAAGAACCAGUGGCCCCCAGGCCCUGGAGUGUCACUGGUGGUGACGUGACCAUCCCCGCUGGGGCUGGCGGCCGUGGGGAGGACGACAAGGCAGCGAGAG